CCGCCCACUCGCUGCAUUCCUCUUCCAGAACGCAGCCUGACAGCAGCCGAACAGCUCCGAAGUGCGAACUUCUGACCGACCUUUCGGCCUCCUAACAACCGGGGCGACAUCGACGGUUCUCCGGGCUGCGAGGCUAGAACAUCGCCGUAUCAUUCCGCAAUGGUGGACCGAGGCGCGGAUGGAGCGGAGUUUCCCUGAGUUUGGAGUCCUGGGCCCGGCGAUUCCCUCUCCCUCUCUCCCUCACUCCCUCACAGCCUGGAACAACUUCUAGCCCAGAACUUCUCGCCUGUCUCUUCUUUUCCGGCCGUGUCACAUCUCAAAACAGCGACCGCAGCGAUCACAGACCAAUGACCGCUUGCUUUAAGGUCCAGCUCCCCCACCGCCGUGAUUUCGGACCGUCCUGUAGCCGGUAGAGUCCACAAACAUGAGCGGGCAGCCGCCGCAGAGGAGGGGGCCCAACAACGUCGGCUCCAUCCUGCUCACCAAUCAAGAAAAUGACAUGCUUUACAGCCACCUGGGCAAAAAAUGCACUUCUCUGUGCUCGGCAGUGGUGCAGGUGUACGCAGCGGACAGGAACGCCUCCUGGACGAAGCGAUGCUGCGGCGUGGCCUGCCUGGUGAAAGACAACCCUCUGAGAUCUUACUUCAUCAGGGUGUACGACAUCAAAGCAGGCAAAUCCCUGUUUGAGCAGGAGUUCUACACAGACUUCUCAGUGAAGUACCCCAGGUCCUACUUCAUGACGUUCGCUGGAGACACGUGUCAGAUUGGCCUCAACUUUGCCAGUGAGGAAGAAGCCAAGCGUUUCAAAGUGGUGUCUGACGGCCUGUUGGAGAAACGACAAAGGAAAACGGAAAAAAGACGUGAUCCACCCAAUGGACCCACUUUACCGAUGGCAACGGUGGACAUCAAGAACCCUGAGAUCAACAACAUUCGCUACAACAACAACGUUCAAGUCAACAGCAACCUGCACAGCAACUUCAGGAAAGACAAGGCCAAGGGCAAAAACAAGAAGAAGAAGAUCUCCAAGGCUGAAAUUGGCACACCCAGCAAUUUCCGGCAUAUUGGGCACGUAGGCUGGGAUCCUAACACGGGAUUUGACGUUAAUAACCUGGACCCCGAGCUGAAGAACCUCUUUGACAUGUGCGGCAUUUCCGAGGCCCAGCUGAAGGACAAGGAGACGUCGAAGGUCAUCUACGACUUCAUUGAGAAGAAAGGAGGAGUGGAGGCUGUGAAGGAUGAGCUGCGGAGACAAGCUCCUCCUCCUCCUCCUCCCUCCAGAGGUGGCCCGCCUCCUCCCCCUCCACACAGCUCAGGGCCCCCUCCCCCACCCCCUGCUCGGGGCAGAGUAGCACCACCCCCGCCUCCUCCCUCUAGAGCUCCCCACUCGGCGCCUCCUGCGCCUCCUCCUCCACCUCCUUCCAGACCCGGGAUGGUUGCACCUCCGCCACCCCCAAGCAGAGGACACCAGCCAGCUCCUCCUCCGCCUCCUCCUGCGCCAGCCUCCAUAGCCCCACAGACUCCGCCUCCUCCACCUCCUCCAUCCUCUGGAGCACAGCCGCCUCCUCCACCUCCCCCGCCUCCGGGACCACCUCCACCUGCACCUCCUCCUCUCCCAGGGAUGGACUCAGGGGAUGGUCCGCCCUCUCUGGGCGGCGGCAAGUCUGCUCUCCUGGAGCAGAUCCGAGAGGGGGCGCCGCUGAAGAAAGUGGACCAAGGGAACAAACCGUCGGCAAACAGCGGCGGACGAGGUGCACUCUUAGACCAAAUACGGCAGGGGAUCCAGCUCAAAACUGUGUCUGAUGCGGUAGAUUCACCCCCGCCCCCUCCUGUCCCCUCAGCGGGAAUUGUGGGAGCUCUGAUGGAGGUGAUGCAGAAGAGGAGCAAAGCAAUCCACUCCUCAGACGACGAUGACGACGACGAUGACGUUGAGGACUUUGAAGAAGAAGAUGAAUGGGAUGACUAACGACACUACACCCCCACCCCCUUUCUCAACCCACCCCCCCUUCGGCCCCAAUUAAGACACUAAAAUAGUUCCUGUCUCUCUAAAUCUUACUCAGAUUAUAAUGUAAAUGUUCAGCUGGUUUGCUGUAUAUUUUUGUUGCCUUUAAGCUUUUUUUAUUAAUCUGUGCAAUACCUCAUUUCAUCUGUAAAGGUUUGUCAUGUUUUUUUUCUUCUCUGUAAAGUUUUUUUUUUUUUGUUCUCGUUCUCUUGGAUUAACGUGCAAUUUUACAUCAAGUUUUCUUGAUUUGUAGAGUUGAAUGUUUUUUUGUUUUUUUUUUUGUUUUGUUUUUCGUUUAUUUUUUCCAUUAUUCAUCGAAGGUCUAAGGAACAAAGCUGAACGAUCUUAAUACUGAAACUUGCUAUCGGAAGCGCGAGAACACUAUUUUUUCAUACCUUAUUCUUCUGUAACUGACAUCUUUCUUACUCGAAUCCUAGUUUAGCGCCAUUAUUUUCUUACAGAAUCAGCUUUUUUGGCGUGUUUAGCCCCCGCGGCUGAUUUGUAAAUUUACUCAGAGUUUAAGUCGGUUAUAUUUUUGCACGAACUGAAAGAUUAAAAUAUUCCACGACGUGAGAACAGAGCAUUAUCGUGGUGGCAUUUGCGGGGAAAAAAAUGCUCAAACAUGCUUUAGGAUUCAAUACAGCGACCCUGAUUUGUUUUAUCAGCCGGAGAUCGAGGAGAAAUAUUGGUUUGUGUUUUAUUUCUGACGUUCGGAGAGCGGAUGGGUUAUUUUAAGUCCAUGUUGGAGCAUUUAUAUGGGAAAAAAACAGAGUCGCGUCAGACAUUCCUGCAGUUUGACUGCCGUACAGAGCCUUCAUUCACGCUACUAAUGGACGAUGAGCUGUGGGAGAUGCUUUACUAACCUCCUCAUAGAGAAGCCAGUCAGACGUCAUCACUGUUAACUGCAGGGUAAACGCCUCGGCGGGAGCGCCGGACAUGUAGUCGCAGAAAUAUACUGUUUUUAUCACUGCUGGAUUAUUAAGCCAGUCCGUGGAUACUUAAUAAUUCUUUUAACGCUUAUUGUUUUCUUUUUCAACUGGGGUUUAGAUUUGCAUCAGGACAGCGAAGCAUUGGGAAUUAGGUUAAUUAAACUGUACACUCCAAUAAAUGUUAUUUCCAGAA